AUGCCUUCGGAUAACCACGUCAAAGCGGGCUUGGCUCUCAUCGAGGACAAGUCCAAGGUCCUUGGCUUGACCAUUGGCAGCCAUGAGAGCGUCCAGCCAGGCACAUGGCUCCCCCGCAAAGCCGCCCAAGAGCCCCCGAAGCUCUCCUUCGCCGGCGCCAACCCCACCAGCACCUACCUGGUCGUGAGCUUGGAUACUGACGCACCUUUCCCUUCCUUCGGAAUCCUGGGACCCAUCCUUCACUGGAUCCAGUCCGAUAUCAAGGUCACCAGCGAAGGUGUGCUUGUGUCUGACGCACCCUUCAUCGCCAAUUACAUCGGCCCCGCUCCUCCUCCCAUGAGUGCACCUCAUCGGUACAUGUUUUUCCUUUACGAACAGCCUGCGGGCUUUGAUCUCACGGCCCAUGCGCCUGCCGCUGGCAAGAAGUUUGGCAAUUCGAAUCGCAUUCGGUACGAUCUUGAUGCUUGGGCGGAGAGUAUCAAGCUUGGUCCUCUUGUGGCUUUCAACUAUUUCACAUGCAACUAG